GGGCGGAGCUUAGCUUGCGCGUGACUAGAGUGUCAACUGAAAAUAACGGUAGAUUUUUUAAAUUUGCUUUGCCGUCGUUCGUUAGUGUAAUCACCCAACUUUUCAGUCAGUGAAACAGAGCACAAGCUGGCUGUCAAGCAUGUUUGCCUACGUCCGGUAUAUCGAUGACAACAUCCGACAGAUAGUGCCCUUGGACUAUAUAAAAGACUUCUGUCCACAGGAUGUCAAUGAUUUUGAAAUAAAGAAAAAAUAUCAUAUUUUGUGGAAGAAAUCACCAGAGGACCAGGGACAAUACUACAAAGCACAGAUAUUAAAAUUGGCUGAAUCUGAAGAGGAAUUAACGCGUGAGAGAAUCUCAAUACCCCCACUCGACAGUGAUGAGGAAGACUGUUCAUCCUAUAAAAACUCCAUGAAUCCAUCUUGUGACAAAACAAAUGACAAGACAAAAAAGAAGGCAGCAGUCCAAAACACGCACAAAAAAAAGAAUUUAAUGGAUAUCCUAAAAGAAAAAAAAAAGGUUGUCCAGAGCAGUUUUGAAUCAAACAUGGAAUAUGUCCCCAUAGCUGUGCACAAGGAACUGCAAGACAAAUAUUACAACCUCAAAAAAAGGAUGCGAGAGGAGGAGAUGGCCAAUGAAGAAAAUGGGAAAAAAAUUAAAUGCUUAAAAGAAGAAAAAAGGGAGAUGAAGGCAGAACUGCUGCAACUAAGGAAACUAAACUUACAUCUCCAGGAGGAGCUCUUCCUAAACAAGAAAAUAACAGACAAUGAGACCUCUUCUGCAGUCCACACUCCACUUCUACAGCGGGCAGAAAAAACAGCAGAUAUGCAAACUGCCAUAAUACCCAAAAUAACACAAAAGACCUCUUCUUCAAGCCACACUCACCUCACGGAGCAUCAUGGUCUAGAAGAACCAGCAGAGGAGCUAACUACUGGAAGAUGCAAGGAUGGCAAGGAUCUAGGACAUGGAGUCAUGAUAUCCACAGAAAAAUGGGACAUCGUGAGGAGAGUUGUGGGUGACUCAAACUUCUGUAAGAGCCUGGCUGUCGUUAUAUGGGGAACCACAGUCCUCAAACAGAGGAGUGUGACCGGCAUGAAAUGCAACGCUAAAAAAACUGCUGAUGCAAAACCACCUCUGACUCCUGAAAAGGUCUCAGCUAUCAAAGAGUGUCUGUCUCAGAGGCUGAAGGAAAGAGGCCACACCUCAGAGGAAAUAAAUAAGCGCCUCCUAAGUGUACGAAAAUACCUGGCUGAGAAGAUCAGUGACAUAAACCGGAUAAAAACUGUCAGUGGAAUGCACAGAUUUCAGGUCCAGUAGAUAGUCCUUUCUCCAGUGAUUCCAGAGAUUAGUCAUGAGUCGGUUCCUGUAUCUACACCGUUUUGUCAUGUCUUCUUUACUGACAGAGGGAUGAUCGUGGUCUGCUGAAAAUUGUUUUGGGGCAGUGAAGUAAGU